GCUUGGUUUGCGCUCGCUAUUAGGGCUACUGGGAGCACAGAGCUGCUCUUCGCUGUGAUCAGUCAUCGCUCGUCGCAGUACUGCUGUCGUUUGACUUGCUGCCGCGCCGCACAGCUGCUACUGGAGCAUUGCUUGCUGCUGCUCACCAGAGAAACACACGAUGAAUGCGAACACAAUAAAAGCCGCGGCCAAGCCCCUAGGCAUGCUCGCCGUGCGUUGCGCGGCGUCCUGCGUUUCGUUCGAAUAUACUCGGCGCCGCGUCGAUGGCGUGCAGGCGUACGCAUAAGUCACACAACACAGGCCGCCGGCCUCGCGUGGGCGCUCUACCCGGCCGACAAAUCGGCGAGCAUCCCCAUGGGCUUCGAGUUCGAGAAGGAGGCCGUCGGCGAGAACCCGCAGGUCACGGACGAGUUCGCCGCCGCGGUCAAGCGCGGCUAG